CAGAUGGGACAGCAGGCCACACUGGAGGAACCACUCAAGUAGAGCUGGACCUGCUCACAGUGCUCGCACUCACUGCCCGACCAAUAAAGCUACUCUGCUGGGAAAAUACGCUUCUGUCUAUUCUCACAGACAUAUAAUCUUAACAGCAAACUGGAACUACUAGACUGGGACAAUACCUUUGGACAAAAACUUGAAGGAUGCAGGACGGGAGAUGGAAUCAGUCCCUCCCCCUCUCUCUGCUUAUGAAGGAUGGGGGCAGGGUUCUAGAGGGAGACGGAGGGGUGUUCUCAGAGACGUCGUCUGAUGGGGAUCUAUACCUGGACUCUAUGGCGGAUAUGGACGCCGGAGUUGGGGAGUUUUCAGAUCUUACCGCCUUCCUCAGCCAAGACGAGAUCAACCGCAGCCUGGACCUGGCUCGGGAGGCCUUCAGUGAUGCAGAAGACCGGGGAGUCACUGUCUCUCCUAUUCCCAGAACCCAGGAGCCGGCUCUCUACUUCCCCUCCCCCACCCCCUUCAACACCACAGAAUACCUGACCAAAAGCACCAGCUUCCCCCACCAAACCAAAGCCCACUCCCCAGAUGACAGUCACUCAGUCAAAGUCACCUCCAGCCAGAGUUUCCACCUCAGCAGGCCCAUACAGGCCACAUGCGAAGCCAUGGCCUUGCCUGAGAAGUUUGUCUGCCACAAGAACAUCACCCCAGUCUACAAGCAGGACAAACCCCGACUGGUCCACGAGGGCUUAGAGCUGAAUGAACGGGCUGCCUCCGCCACUGAGUUCUGUAGCCGUGCUGCCACCUUCAUCGAGGAGCUGUCCUCCAUCUUUAAAGGCUCCGCCCGGCCGGAGCAUAUGGGGGAGGAAGACUCCUCAUCUCCCGACAGCGGGUAUCUGUCUCCUAAGAGCCACUGGCCGGCCCCCCAGGGCUCUGCCUCUGUCCCCCCACAGCCUCUCAUCCAACAGGGGGCACCACAGCAGUGUGAGCCAGGCUUGGGUAUCCAGCUAGCAAGCAUGAUGGGUGGAAUGGGUGUGAAGGGUGUCCCUCCUCUGAGUGUGACGGGGGUUCCAAUUGUCUCCAAUCUGAUGAGUGUGAAUGAGUUGAUGGGGAAGCAGCAACACAGUGGAGCCCCGUUGAUGGGGAAGCAGCAGCACAGUGGAGCCCAGUUGAUGGGGAAGCAGCAGCACAGUGGAGCCCAGUUGAUGGGGAAGCAGCAGCACAGUGGAGCUCAGUUGAUGGGGGAGCAGCAGCACAGUGAAGCCCAGUUGAUGGGGGAGCAGCAGCACAGUGAAGCCCAGUUAAUGGGGAAGCAGCAGCACAGUGGAGCUCAGUUGAUGGGGAAGCAGCAGCACAGUGGAGCCCAGUUGAUGGGGAAGCAGCAGCACAGUGGAGCUCAGUUGAUGGGGGAGCAGCAGCACAGUGAAGCCCAGUUGAUGGGGGAGCAGCAGCACAGUGGAGCCAUGUUGAUGGGGAAGCAGCAGCACAGUGGAGCCCAGUUGAUGGGGGAGCAGCAGCACAGUGGAGCCAUGUUGAUGGGGAAGCAGCAGCACAGUGGAGCUCAGUUGAUGGGGGAGCAGCAGCACAGUGAAGCCCAGUUGAUGGGGGAGCAGCAGCACAGUGGAGCCAUGUUGAUGGGGAAGCAGCAGCACAGUGGAGCCCAGUUGAUGGGGGAGCAGCAGCACAGUGGAGCCAUGUUGAUGAGGAAGCAGCAGCACAGUGGAGCUCAGUUGAUGGGGAAGCAGCAGCACAGUGAAGCCCAGUUGAUGGGGAAGCAGCAGCACAGUGGAGCCCAGUUGAUGGGGGAGCAGCAGCACAGUGGAGCCCAGUUGAUGGGGGAGCAGCAGCACAGUGAAUCCCAGUUGAUGGGGGAGCAGCAGCACAGUGGAACCCAGUUGUUGGGGAAGCAGCAGCACAGUGGAGCCCAGUUGAUGGGGAAGCAGCAGCACAGUGGAACCCAGUUGUUGGGGAAGCAGCAGCACAGUGGAGCCCAGUUGAUGGGGGAGCAGCAGCACAGUGGAGCCAAGUUGAUGGGGGAGCAGCAGCACAGUGGAGCCCAGUUGAUGGGGGAGCAGCAGCACAGUGGAGCCAAGUUGAUGGGGGAGCAGCAGCACAGUGGAGCCCAGUUGAUGGGGGAGAAGCUCAGUGGAGCCCAGUUGAUGGGGGAGCAGCAGCACAGUGGAGCCCAGUUGAUGGGGGAGAAGCUCAGUGGAGCCCAGUUGAUGGGGGAGAAGCUCAGUGGAGCACAGAGUGUAGAUGGAGACCUGUCAUUGCCACACUUCACCCAGAAGCUGAAGAGCCAGGAGGUGGCAGAGGGACACCCCAUCCGACUGGAGUGCAGGGUGGCAGGAAUCCCUCAGCCGCUGGUCAGGUGGUUCUGUGAGGGGCGGGAGCUGCACCACUGUCCUGACAUCCAGAUCUGGAGGGAUGGUGCCCUACACACGCUGGUGAUCGCUGAGGCCUUCGAGGACGACACGGGACGCUACACCUGCGUGGCCUCCAACAGCCUGGGGGCGGACAACACCUCGGCAGAGGUCUACAUCCAGGGUGCUUCAUCCUCCGACUCAGAAGGAGAAGUGUCAAAGUCCAGAUCAGGAGCCAUGCCUCAGGUCCAGAAGAAGACGACUUCAAUCUCCGUGUCCAUUCGUUCACCUUCACCCAAGAGCCCUGAGGCUGUACCUCACCGCUCCACCCUGGUCCUAUCUGCACCCCCACACCGGAUGCAGAGUCCAGUUUCUUCACUAUAUGGAGGUGGUGGUCCUCUUACAGCGCCCCCUAUCUUUACCAAGCUCUUACAGAAUGCCCAGGCAUCAGAGGGUCAGGUGGUUGUGUUGGAGUGCAGGGUUCGAGGCAGCUUUCCUCUGCAGGUCCAGUGGUUCAGACAGGGACAGGUCAUCCAGGACUCUCCAGACUUCCGCAUCCUGCAGAAAAAGCCACGGUCUGCAGCAGAGCCGGAGGAGAUCUGUACGCUGGUGAUAGCAGAGGCCUUCCCAGAGGAUGGAGGUCAGUUCUGCUGCAUUGCAACCAACCUUUACGGCUCCGUCAGCAGCACAGCCCAACUCUCUGUCACUGGAGGGGCCUUCAACACUCCCACAGCGGUGUACGACUCGUUCAGGAAUGGUGUGGCGCCUGGGGAUGACUCUGUCUUUGAGGACACCCAGGCCUUUCCCCCUCCCCCGCCCACAGAGAUCAGCCUAUUGGAGGUUCCGCCCAAGGUCCCACCCAGUACCUGCACCGAGGGUUUCCACGUCAACGAGCUGGAGAUCUGGCCCAGCAUGUCGGGCCUGCAGCCUGUCCACAUGUACCACGACGUGGAGGGUCAGGACCGGGCCAACUGGGCACUGCAGAACGGCAGGCCUGCCAGCCCCCCUCAGCCCACCUUCAGUCUGCUUCCACGAGAGGCCCAGCCAGACUUGCCAGGCCCAGCCAAGAUGUCUCCGCCCCCAGUGAAGGAAGGUCCUCCACUGCCCACCAAGCCCAAACUAGCGGAGGGUAUAGAGGAGGAGACAGAACAUGACAGGAACGCAGAACAGUUGAAGCAGCUGCAGGAUCAGAUUAUAUUGGAACAGCAGGAAGCAGCCAAUUGGAUCCAACAUCAGGAGCAAGAGCAGGAAGUUCCGCCUCUGCCACAGCAGCCCCCGGAAGUGCCCUCUCUGCCUUCUCCUCCUCUUCCCCCUCCUCCCUCCUUCCAGGAGCUGGAGAGCAGCGCCAUGCAGACCAGCACCUUCAACUACGCCCGGCCAAAGCAGUUCAUUGCUGCCCAGAGCCCUGGGGGGACUGGCCCUAUGGGGGGCUAUGUCACCCAGUCCUCAGGGUCCUCUGGUUCCAGCCUGCCCUCCCCCCUCUCCCCACCCACCUCACAAAAACCCUUCACCAGGGUUGUCCUGCCUCCCUUCAGUAAGGGCGGCAGCAUUGAGUCUCAGUCCCCUUCCUCUCCCUCCUUCCCACCUCCACCUCCUCCCUUCCUCAGUAGCAGCAUUUCAUCCUUGUCAGGCCCUGCCAAAGACUUCCCUCCACCCCCUCCUCCCCCUCCUCCACCUGUCUCUUCGGCUCCCCCCUAUUCCCUCGCCCACUCAAACAGCUCCUCCCCCUUCACCUCCAUGUCCCAAUCACCUGCUGGCUUCCUGGCCUCUGUCCUUCCAGCCACACCCACUAGCCCAUCCUUCAACGCCCUGGGCCUGCCUAAAGGGAACGGGACUAUCAGUGCUUUUCCCCGGAAACAGUCCAGAGGAACCCCACGCCUGGCCUCAGACUCUGACAUCCAGGGAACCAAGGAUGCUGUCAUUCAGGACCUGGAGAGGAAGCUACGAUUCAAGGAGGAGCGCAUGAGCAACGGACAACAGAGGUUAACCUAUGAGGAGAAGAUGGCUCGCAGGCUGCUGGGGGCAGACAACGCAGCCACAGUACUAAACACACAGCAGCAGGAUGAGGAGCCUGUUACACAGGAUUCCAGUUCAUCUGACAUAGAAUCUGUCCCUCAAAAGGAGUACAAGGUGUCCAGCUUCGAGCAGCGCCUGAUCAGUGAGAUCGAGUUCCGUCUGGAGCGCUCUCCAGUGGAGGAGUCUGACGACGAUGUGCAGCAUGACGAGGAUACCACUGGCACCGGGGUGGUGCCCUUCUUCGACAGCAAGCUCAAACACUACAAGGUGUUCGAGGGCAUGCCCGUCACCUUCUCCUGCAAGGUCAUUGGAGACCCCAAGCCAAAGAUCUACUGGUUUAAGGAUGGGAAGCAGAUCUCUAAGAGGAGUGAACACUACAGGAUCAGCCGCGACGCUGACGGGACCUGCAACCUCCACACCGCCGCCGCCUCAUUGGACGAUGACGGCAACUACACCAUUAUGGCUGGUAACCCUGAGGGGAGGGUGAGCUGUACUGGAAGGAUGAUGGUCCAGGCAGUGAACCAGAGGGGGAGGAGCCAGCGCUCUACACCUGGACACAUCCGCAGACCUAGGUCUCGGUCCAGAGACAGUGGUGAUGAGAACGAGAACAUCCAGGAGCGUCACUUCCGCCCCCACUUCCUGCAGGCGCCUGGUGACCUCAUCGUCCAGGAGGGUAGGCUCUGCCGGAUGGACUGCAAGGUGAGUGGCUUGCCCACACCAGACCUGAUCUGGCAGCUGAAUGGUCAGACCAUCCGUCCUGACUCCGCCCACAAGAUGCUGGUGAGGGAGAAUGGCGUCCACUCGCUGGUCAUCGAGCCCGUGUCCAGCCGUGAUGCAGGCAUCUACACCUGCAUCGCCAGCAACCGCGCUGGACAGAACUCCUUCAACCUGGAACUCAUUGUAGCAGCCAAAGAGAUGCACAAGGCCCCUUCAUUCAUCGAGAAGCUGCAGAACACUGGUGUUGCCGAAGGUUACCCGGUGCGUCUGGAGUGCCGUGUGUCGGCUGUUCCCUACCCACAGAUCUUUUGGAAGAAGGAGAAUGAGUCUUUCACGCACAACACAGACAGGAUAAGCAUGCACCAGGACAACUGUGGCUAUCUGUGUAUGAUCAUCCAACCAGCCAUGAAGGAGGAUGCUGGCUGGUACACCGUGUCUGCCAAGAACGAGGCUGGCAUUGUGUCCAGCACUGCACGACUCGACGUCCACACUCAGUGGCAGCAGCCCAACACUCCCAAGCCUAAGAAGGUGCGUCCGUCGACGAGUCGCUAUGCAGCGCUGACAGAAAGAGGACUGGACGUGAAGGCAGCCUUCUUCCCCGACUCCAGCCCCCUGCAGCCGGGAGGCCUAGUGGAGAGUGAUGACCUGUAGAGACCAACGGGGGCACCACAUGCCCAAACAAGUCCUAAUGUAAUGCCUUAAAACUAACCCCUGACCCCAGUACCAGCCCUGUUCCGCCCCGUUCUCCCCAGACAUAGGGGUAAAUGUAACCCCCUCCAUCCGAGGUGUUUUACGACAAGGCCACAGAUACCUUUCUGGAAGAUGGAUGACGGGCAAUGUGACACCCCAUAAUAUCUGUGUCAAUCAAACAUGGAUCCCAAUUUAGGAUCAAUGAUUCCAUUUUGUCAACCAUUAAAGCAGAGGAAUCUACCCUGAGCAGCCAUUGAAGUUUAUUUUCGAUUGUAAAACUGCCAAUACCACACAAGUGUGUUCACCUCUGAAGUGUCUGAGAUAUCUCACAUGAUCUCUCUGUAACAAUUAUAAUUAAAGGUUUAAAGUUCAAGUUGAAAGUAGCAUUAUUAUGCAUGUUACAAUGUUGCCAUUUGUAACGCUGUAUCUAAAUGGAUGACGUUUUGUGAAAUACUCCCUCAACAAAGGCACCAAAUUGUAGGGGCAGAGAUAUUUAGAAACGGGACACUUUGGAUCCCAAAACACAAAGAGACCCCAAAACACAAAGUUAUUAUUUUAUAUGGGUAUCACAGCAUAGUCUGGGUAACAUAGCACAAUAUGGAUAUCAGCAGUGUCUAUUUUUUUUUUUGUUACAAGUAGCACAAUACCCUAGAUAUCAGCAUUGUCGGGUUCAACAUUUAUCAUAAUUACCAUAGAUAUUGCACAAGGCCGGGCCUUACUUACUUUUCGUUUCUGAUUUUUUGUCAGGUCAAAUGACCUUGGAAGUUAAAACUGUUUAGUGACUUUAGAUGAGUUGUGAAAAAGAGAAUGUUGGCUGAAUGAUGCAGACACCGUUGAGAGCUGUGUUACCAUAGUAACUUCAGUGAUUGAUUGAUGGAAAGAGAGGUCCGUGUGACAUGCUAGGAGGUACUGGCAUGUGAAGGUUGACUAUAACAGGGACAGGAUGAGGGGUUAUCCUGGGCCAGGAGGCCCACAAAAUCUGUCUCAGCCCAGUGUCAACAGUCACUUCAACGCUUGUGAACUGUGUGAUACGCGAGUGGGAGACAUCAAGGACAGACAAAAGCAAGUUUUUCAGAAUGGAAUUCAGUGUGAGAAGAUGACAAAGCAAUGGAUUAUGUUGAUGAUGAUGAAAUGAAGAAAAUGACCGUUAUGACAGAUUCUGGAGAUGGUUUAUUUCCUUUGAUGUUUCAGUUUAAAAUCUUCACAAACACAUGACAGUCCUAAAAAUGGCUUCAGUGGAUUGAUCACACACUACAGAUGGUCUGCUUUAUUUUUGUAUGAAAAAAAACCUCUGUAUUUACUUUCCCAAGAAACUUGACAAAUUAUGUAUCUUCUCUAAUGUUCAAUGACAAAACAUAAUCCUGACUGUAUUAAAAUAUCACACUUUUUAAAACUAUAUUGCCUUAAAAGAUCACUUGGGCCUAUUUCAAUCACUAUCUGUCCAUAUUUUUCUGAGGCACUUAUGACAAGCAAGUAUUUUUGACAAUUAUAAACUGUUUAGAAGGGAGAAUAUAUGCACAGAAUUGUAUUGAAAUAAGUAAUUGUAUAUUUUCUUUCACUACUGUAUUACCAAAUGGGCAUAUCUUGCUGUAUCUGUUCAGAUCACGUUUCAUCCUGCCAUGACUAGUCACUCACAAACAUAUAGGACACCUUUUUGAUUUAUAUGCCAAUCUGUGCCUGUAUAUGGAAUGUUCUCCUGAUAUCAUGUUAGUUUAUGAAAGAUAAUAAAAAAUCAAAGUCUGGA